CGCCCCGGGAAGGCGAAGGGGAAGCGGGGGGGGCGCGGGGGUGGGGGAGCAGCGAUCGCGGCCAUGGCGGUGCUGGGCUACUGGGACAUCCGCGGCCUCGCUCACGCCAUCCGCCUGCUGCUGGAGCACACCGAGACGCCCUACGAGGACAAGCUGUACAGCUGCGGGGAAGCCCCCGACUACGACAAGAGCCAAUGGAUCAACGAGAAGGAGAAGCUGGGGCUGGACUUCCCCAACCUCCCUUACUUCAUCGAUGGCAGCACCAAGCUGACGCAGAGCAACGCCAUCCUGCGCUACAUCGCCCGCAAGCACAACAUGUGUGGGGAGACGGAGGAGGAGAAGCUGCGCGUGGACAUGCUGGAGAACCAGGUGGUGGAUUUCCGCAUGAGCCUGAUCGUGGUCUGCUACAGCCCCGACUUUGAGAAGCUGAAGCUGGGGUACCUGGAGCAGCUGCCGGGGAAGCUGAAGCUCUUCUCCAACUUCCUCGGGGACCGCAAGUGGUUUGCGGGGGACAAGCUCACUUUCGUGGACUUCCUCAUGUUCGACGUGCUGGAGCAGAACAGCAUCUUCGAGCCCAAGUGCCUGGAGCCCUACAAGAACCUCAAGGACUUCAUGGACCGCUUUGGGGCCCUGGAGAAGGUCGCUGCCUACAUGAAGUCCAGCCGCUUCCAGAAGAUGCCCAUCAACGACAAGAUGGCCAAGUGGGGCAACAAGAAGGAGUAGGGGUGGGGGGCCUUGCCCACCCCCUAGUGGGGCUGGGGGUCUCCGUGGGUGUGAGGACCCCAAACACAAUAAAUUGUGGAGAUCCAGCA